CAAACAUAAAAUUUUAGCAAUUGAACCAUCGCAAAAACGCCGACAAAACGACAUCCGCGUAAAACAUCUCUUUCCCACGCCCAAAAGAGCCCCUCUCACAAAAAGAAAUCUAGUCUCUCUUCUUCUGUCUCUUGUAUCUCUCGACCGCCCCAAUAAAAACCUCUUUCCCCGACAUUCUCUCAAUGCACAACCCCCUUGCUUUAUCUCAUAUUCCGAUACCAUAGCUUCCCCGUCGCCGGAACCCUAACCGGCUAUUUGCCGCCGGCUGAAUCUUUGGUGAGGUUCAUUCGAGUAUCUAUUUAGGGUUUCUAUUAUAUACGAUUUGAUUCGGUUCUAUUCUCCAAUUCUAGUGGUUUCGAUUCUUUCUCUUGAAUUUUAGGGUUUUAUCGUGUUGUUUUGCGUGUCGUGCAAUCAGCAAAAAACAACGCCUAUGGCUCCGGGGCGUAAAAAAGGAGCGAACAAAAAAAAGGCGAAGAGUCAAUUGAAGUUGGGCGAUCUCGUUCUUGCUAAAGUCAAAGGAUUCCCUGCUUGGCCUGCCAAGAUAAGCCGUCCUGAAGACUGGGAGCGAGCCCCUGACCCUAAGAAAUAUUUUGUCCAGUUUUUUGGAACUGAAGAAAUAGCAUUUGUUGCACCUGCUGAUAUUCAGGUAUUUACAAGGGAAUUGAUGAAUAAAUUGUCAGCUCGAUGUCAAGGUAAGACCAAGUAUUUUGCCCAAGCUGUUAAGGAAAUCUGUACAGCAUUUCAAGAGAUAGACAAGGAAAAAUCAAGUGGUGCACUUGGCUGUGAGGCUCCAUCUGUUGAUGGCAUAGAAGAGGAUGAGAUAGAGGUUGAAGUAAAUGAUGAAAUGGGUACAGGUGGACCAAAGGGAGAAACAUGGAAUGAAGAAGGUGAUUCUAGUUCUAAGUUAAAGCAUUGUUCACAUAGACAAGGGCAAACUGAGCGUGAAGAUGUUAAGCCUACUUUAUCUUGUGAUGUGAAAGAUAAUUCAUCUCCAGUUAUGUCUUCUGAGAAGAAGGUUAAGAUUUCAAGUCCUCAGCAACAGAUGGUGGUAUCAUCUACAUCUUGUUUGGGUGAUCCUUCCUAUGUGAAGGAUGAAGUCUCUGGUGAUGUAAAUGUAGAUGUUGAUUGCACCAAUAACCCUAGGAAUGGUGAGACAACAUCGACAAAUGGCCACAAGUCUAGGACAAUAGUCAUCGAAUCAAAGAGAGAACCUGAAAGUUCUGCUGAUGUGCAUAAUAGCAGCAGGACCAAUGGCUCUCUCGUGCCUGAUAAUUCCGAGCCACUGAAAGAUGGAGUAAAUGAAAAAGAUAGUUCUGGUGGCACCAUGUCCAAGUUCUCCCUAAAUGCUGUUAAAUCAGAUUCUGGAACCAGAACAGGGAAAAAGUCUAAAGAACUUCUAGUAGCUAAAAGGAGUUUGAAGGCAUCAGACAAUCUGCAUGAAAAUGUAUCUAGUCAUGCGGUUGAGAUCUCUGACAAGAGAAAGAGGGCCCAAUCUGUGCCUGGUAUAACAACAGAAAUUUUGCAUCCUGCAAAAAAGUUGAAAGGUGUAGGUGGAGGAGGUGAUGCUGCCAAGGGAUCCAUCUCAAAAAACAUUAGUGAUUCUCCAAGCUCUAAAAUUAUUAAUAAUGAAGAGAUCAAACAGUCCGCAUUUCAUGAGAAAAGAGAAAUCCUUUUGGCAUUGAGAGCUCAAACAGGAAGAGUGAAAUCUGAUGGUUCUGCUUACUUGGCGAAAAUGAAAUCUGAUGUUUCUUCCCUGACAAGCAAAGUUAAAUCUGAUGCCUCCAUCCAAAGAGGUAAAGCUAAAUCGGAUGCUCCUACACCAGUUAGAAAAGUUAAACCUGAUGGAGUUGCCCAAACAGGUACAGCAAAAUCUGAUGCAUCUGCCCAAAUCAGUACAGCCAAGUCUGAUGCUACUGCCCAAUCAGGGAAGGUAAAAUCCAAUGUUCCCAGUGAUGAAGCUGUGCUGCCUGUAUCAAAACGUCGUAGGCGAGCAUUGGAGGCAAUGUCCGACUCUGCUACCCUUGAUUCCAAUGAUAAAGCUGGAAAAGAUUCUCUACAGCCAAAGAUUGAAUUUACUCCUAAUAAUACUAAAGUUCCAGUUAAUCAACUUCCCAAAAGACGGAGAGCUGUUUGCCUUUAUGAUAAUGAUGAUGAAGAUGAGGAGCCCAAAACACCAGUUCAUGGAGGAUCCACCAAAAGUGUCAGAGCACCUGCAGCUGUUGCUGAUACCUCUACAAGAACUGGUUCACACAUUGGAAAUUCUAUUUAUGAACAGCAUGGAAGCUCUGUUGAUUUUAAGCCAAGUGUUGAAGAAUCUACCAUAAUUGAACAUAGCAGUUCAAAGGAAUUAUCUUCACAAUUGCAUGGCGAUUCUUUCUCUCCUAGCCAUCUGAAAAGUGAUAAGAGGCCUGAUACUGAUGCCUCUACUAAUCCUGGGCAAUCAGAAGCUGAGCAGUCAUCAUCUAGAGAUGCCAAAUCAACACUGAUUUCCCCCAAGGGGUCUCCUCAUUCAGGUUCCAUCAGUAAGCCAGCUAUCGAACAACAGAAAGCCACGAAACCUUUAGUUAAAGCUUCCACAGUUGGUACUCAGAAGAGGGUUCAGUCUAGCUUCAUGAAGGUCUCAAGUUCGGUUUUGGACAGUCAUUCUUCUGAAAAUAAUGUGACAAAUCCAAGAAAUAGACCAGGUAUUUCUGGAGAAAGACCCAAAAAUACUCCAAAAGCACGGAUGAAUGACCCUGCUGUUUUAACAGAAACCCCGACAGAACUUGAAGGUGGCACAGAAGAAAGAAGCAAUUUGCUGGUUGAUUCCAAGACUCCAGAUUCAGUGAUGUCAAUGAAGAAUCUUAUUGCAGCUGCUCAAGCAAAGAGGAGAGAAGCUCACUUGCAACACUUUUCUUUUGGGAACCCUAGUUCCUUUUUAUCUAUUACUGAUCCUCAAGGAAGUAGCCCGGGCCUCGUAUCGGCCCAACCAUUUUUAUCUGGCACCAGCUUUUCGUUACAGGGAGAUUUACAGAAUUUCCAUCAUCGCACAAAUUUAGUUUCUCCAUCUACUCAUGGUGGUCAAUUGGAGUCAGUCAACCAGGUGGAUGCUGAAGAAAUUGAGGAACGACGAGUUAGUUCUGGACACAGAGCUGCUGGUGGCUCACUGAGUGGUGGCACUGAGGCUGCUGUUGCUCGUGAUGCUUUUGAAGGGAUGAUUGAGACUUUAUCAAGGACGAAAGAAAGUAUAGGACGUGCAACACGUCUUGCCAUUGACUGUGCCAAGUAUGGAAUUGCCAAUGAGGUUGUGGAACUUCUAAUCCGAAAAUUGGAAAUUGAGCCCAGUUUCCAUCGUAAAGUGGACCUCUUCUUUCUUGUCGAUUCAAUCACCCAGUGCUCACAUAAUCAAAAAGGGAUUGCUGGAGCUUCAUAUGUACCAACAGUUCAGGCAGCAUUGCCACGCCUUCUGGGUGCUGCUGCGCCUCCAGGUUCUGGUGCUCGUGAAAACCGUCGUCAGUGUCUCAAGGUUUUACGUUUGUGGCUGGAGAGGAAAAUUCUACCUGAAGCUGUUUUGAAGCGCUACAUGGAUGACAUUGGAUUUUCAAAUGAUGAUUCCUCUGCUGGAUUUUCCCUUAGACGUCCAUCUCGAGCAGAGCGGGCUGUAGAUGAUCCUAUCAGAGAAAUGGAAGGCAUGCUUGUUGAUGAGUAUGGAAGUAAUGCCACAUUCCAGUUGCCUGGAUUUUUAUCUUCUAAUGUAUUUGAAGAUGAAGAUGAGGAAGAGGAUCUUCCUAGCAGUUCACUGAAGGAAGGUGCUGAUGUCUCAUCACUAGCAGAAGCAAACCGUACUUUAGGAGAAUCAGAAACAUAUACUAUUACACCUAAUGACAGGCGUCAUUGCAUCUUAGAGGAUGUGGAUGGUGAGCUUGAGAUGGAAGAUGUGUCUGGACACCAAAAGGAUGAACGGCCUUUGAGCACAGGUGGUUCUUUUGAAGUAGAUGAACAGCAGCAUUGCUCAGUACUGGAACCUGUAAUCACCAAUUCUGUUGAGUUGCCUCCUCUGCCAGAGGGCUCUCCACCACUGCCUCCUGAUUCUCCUCCUCCACCCCCACCUUUACCUCCCUCACCCCCGCCUCCACUCCCAAUGUCUCCAUCACCACCUCCUCCUCCACCGCCUCUUCCAUCACAACCACCUCCUCCUCAUAUACCACCUUCAGGCCCUCCACAAUCGUUGGUACCUCAACUGUCAGUACCAACUCAACCUCCUUUGGCAUCUCAACCAAUUAUACCAUCAGUUUCCUCGCUACAAUCCUCACCACAGUUGGCUUUUCCACCAGCUGUACCUCAUGAGUAUUGCAGUACAUCCAGUGGUAACCAACUGGCUCAAAUGUCAGGAAAUAUUCGUACAAAUCAUUCGGAUGCUGUUGUAAAAAGUGAAUUGUUUCCUCAACAGUCACCUUGCUUCACACCUGCUGUAGUUUGCAAUUCUCGAGAACCUUCAGGAUUUAAUCCUUCAAGGCAACUGGAAUAUGGGCAUAACGAUCUGUAUUUAAAACCCCAAGCUUCUCAACAAAACCCACAUUUUCAACCAGGCACUGCACCUUUUGUGCAAAGACCUAUGCAUCCGAGCCUGCCACAAACUACGUCUGGUCAUUUUUCCUUUGCACAGCCUGCCAUUCAGCAUCAUCCUCAGCAUUCAUAUCCCCGUCUCUAUCCGUUGCCUUCUCAUCCUGAUGGACGAAGGCGAUUUGUUGGUGAUGAACAGUGGAGGGUGCCCUCCAAUGAAUUUAAUACAGAGAAUCAGCACGGCACAUGGAUGAGUGGAAGAACUCCUUCAAAUGCUGGCCCAUCUUUUGGCCAAGAAGGUUACUUUCGGCCACCCCUUGAAAGGCCACCUGCUAAUAAUAUUGGUUUUCAGCUCUCUACUGCUAACAAUUUACCUGCUGGAGCUCCAAUUCCAGGUCAUGGUGUUCCACACAUGUUGCCAUGUAGACCGGACAUGUCGGCCCUUAAUUGCUGGAGACCGGCUUGAGGAUGAGCCUAAAGCUUCCUUAAUGUUGUGGGCGGGAAAAUGAUUUCUGAAUUCACAUUAUAAUACACCUCAAAAAGGUUCCACUUUUGGACAAGAUACACCGGCAUUUGAGGCAGCUAUUAGACCUCGUGGAGGCUGUUGGCAGGACUGUGUAUAUUGUAAUAUUUUCUGACAAUGUAUCGGGGAACAUUUUCGUCGGAAUAUAGGCCCAUGUUUCUGACUUGGUCAAUCGCUGGUCAUUCAUGGUUCAGGUCAAUCGCUGGUCAUUCAUGGUUUUUCAUUGUGGUAAACACUGAAGAAUAAAAUCAUACCUGGCACACAAAUCUUCUACAAAAAGUUGAGUGCCUGCCAAAAUAUGGACCAAAAAUGAAAUCGAGCAUACUCGUAUAAAGGGGUACCUAAUCAAGUGCAGCUUUAUUUCUUCUACUGGUUAUUGGUUUUGGCAAUCCAUCAAACAUCGGUUUUGUAAUGCCUGAUGUUGAAAGAGCCUGUAAAUCAGGCUUCAAACUCCAUUUGGAUGCUGCCCGGAUGGAGGAACUGCUACUUUCCUGAUCUUGCAAACUAGAUGUGCUUGAUGACUUUCUUACGCUAGCAAAUGCACUGUUCAUAAAGGAAUCAGUCAGAGAGUUUAUUUCAGUAUCAAUUGGCAAACCAGUUCGCCUUGCUGCUUUGAACCUCAUAGCUAAGCUUUUUCCUGUGGUUGGUGAACUUACAACACAGCUAUCCUCCCUCAUUAGUGUUUCAGGGUAGAUGGAAGAGAAGUCAGCUUCAGAUUUUUGACGCCUCCUGACCAAUUUCUCAUUCCAUUUCUCUAAGUUAUUUUCCCGUGCUUCAGUAGAAUGCUGGUUGUCAGCUAGUCUAUUAUGCUCUUCUAGAAACCCAUUAACUAAGCUCCUGGACUUCCGGUGGCGGUUCAAAGGUGUAUCUAAUGAUGGUGAAGGUCUGAGAUAUUGAAUGUCGUCCUGAUAAUUACAGUCUCCUUUUCUGUAGUCUACUGUUUCAAAAUUGGAAAUCAUUGGAUCUGUUAAUGGUUUAAGGCCAUAAUAACCUUGUAAAGUAGUCAUGGCUGGAGAAACCUCCUGUUUUGAAGAAUUAAGCCUCAACGAUUGAAAUGAAUCAAAGAGGUCAGAAUGCGCACGAUA